AUGUUUCCUCCCUUCUCCCAUCGCGUCCUCUUUCUCUUCCACCCCUCUCCCUCUGCCAUCCUUCUCGAAGUUAUGCUUGCUUCUCCCCUCCCCUCGCCAUAUCUUCACUUCCUUCCCGCUACAACCCCCCACACUUUCCUCUUUCUCCUUCCCGCUUCUCCAAAGCAUGCUGCCCUUUCCCCUCCCCUCCUCUUUCCCUUUCUCCUUCUACUCUGUUGUCUAACCCAUGCUGCCAUUUCCCCUCCCCUCCCCUCCCUCUUCCUCAUCCCCUCCCUCUCUCUUGGUCCAAUUCACCCACGAUCGAUCGAUGUUCAUCCUUGGCCCCACUGCCUUUACCGCUAUAUGGCUCAGUGGUGGUAUUUUAGCGAUAUCAGGGAUGGCACUGCCGCUGCCCUGAGUAUAACUCAGCUCGGUGGACCAGUGGCUCAGUGGUGGGAUGUUGGUGAUAUCAGGGACGGGCACGCAUGCAUCCCCUCAGCUCAUGUGCCUCCGGCUGUCCCUCCCCUCUCCCUCUCUCAGCUCAGUGGACCAGUGGCUCAGUGGUGGGAUGUUGGUGAUAUCAGGGACGGGCACGCAUGCAUCCCCUCAGCUCAUGUGCCUCCGGCUGUCCCUCCCCUCUCCCUCUCUCAGCUUAGUGGACCAGUGGCUCAGUGGUGGGAUGUUGGUGAUAUCAGGGCGUUGCGUAUGCAGUGGUGCUAUCAGUGGCUCCCCCAGCUCCUAUGCUCCCAGCUGUCCCCUCUCCCCCUCGCCCUCCUUGCAAUAAUCCAUCCCACUGGCCCAUACCUCUCAGGAUAG